AUGACGAGACUCAACAUGAGACGAAGAAGGUACGGGCAAACUUCAUAUGCGAACGAUCCAAGCCUUGGAAGCGACUAUCAGGAAAGUUGGUUCAAGACAGUAUACAAGUGGCUCGUUACAAUUGACGGCGACUCGAAACUGAACGAGGAGAGAGGCUACAGGUCGCUGCCAUACGUAACCAACUACGUGUUUUUUUUGGGCGGCAGAUUGCAUACUUUGCGACACAAGGAUCACAUAUGGCUGCUUGUAUUAGCGAUUAUCGUGGUACCGAUGGUGCUGUUCUCCGUAUUUGAAGCAAACAAGCUGUGGCACACAAAACUUGGCUACAAAGCGCUGGUUUUCCUGUUCUACUACUUCUGGGCUAUGUCCUGCUCGUUCUUCAUAAGGACAGCCACCAGCGACGCUGGAGUGCUGCCGAAAAACGUGCAUCUAGCGCAGCUGAACAACCGUUUCCAGAUACCGCAGGAGUACCACAACUGCGUCAGUCUGCCGACACCAAGUACUGCCCGCGAUCCGCUCAGCAAGGUCGAGGUCAAGUACUGCACGGCGUGCCGGAUAUGGAGGCCCCCGCGGGCCUCCCACUGCUCCACCUGUGGAGUCUGCAUAAUGACCCACGACCACCACUGCUUUUGGGUCAACAACUGCAUCGGACAAAGGAACUAUCGCUACUUCAUCGCGUUUCUCGUCAGCGCGGUCGCCACUGCGCUCUUCCUCAUAGCCAACUGUUCUGUCCACAUAGCCCGCAGCCAGCCGCGCCGACCAUCCCGCGUACCCGUGACGAUCCUCCUGCUCACCUACGCCUGCCUAGUCAUAUGGUAUCCUGCCAUCCUGCUCGGCUACCACAUCUUCAUGACCGGCACCCAGCAGACCACAAGAGAGUUCCUACGCCACGUACAUUCCAAGAACCCCGUCUUCACCGUCAUCAGGCCUGCAGAACACAAUCCCUACGACACAGGUUCCUUUCUAAGAAACAUGGCUCAUCUCAUGCUGCAGCCUCGCGGACCGUCCGCCUUCAGUGCCCGCGAAAGACACCGUCGUGGAGACUGGAGGUUCGUUACGGUUCCCGGAACGCACUCCUUUGAGAAACUACACUCGUCCCAGGCAUAG